AUGGCUCCUCCAGUCCCCGUAUACAAUCACAACGAGAUACGAAGUCGUUUUCGUGAACAGCUAGAAAAUCCUGCCAAGUAUGAGUGCCAGUUGAAGUCGUUAACUCAGCAUGAAUGCACAUUCCGUACAUUUGCAGACAGGUCCAGACCUCCAGAGUUCAUAUGCCUUCCGUUCAAGCGGAUCUUCCAGAGAUGCCUAGUGCCCUCGAUAGUCAAGGAAAACGGAAAGAAGAAGCAUGUCGACAAGUGGGUCAACAUAGAAGUCACCAACAGUGACACCAACCGCGAUCUCUUUCAGGACAAGAAGUACAAGUCAGUAGUGGCUGAAUUCUUGAGUGCGGAAGAAGACUUUCAACGGAUGAUGAAG